AUGUUAGGCAUACAUCAUAUGGCAGCAUGUGAAUUGACACAGAUUUCAAAUUUGAAUACGUUAAUCAUUGAAAUAAACAGCCAAGUUGCAUUGUUCCGCGACUUGCUAAUGCACAUCGGUCAGUCACGUGAUUGCCCGGAAUUACGUGAGAAAAUCCGUAAGCUGCGACGAUCGUGUGUCGAAGCAUGCAAACACACCACCCAACUAAUAGUGCCACAAGUGAGAACAGCUGUUGCCGAAGGAAUUCUAACGGACAACCCACAUUUGGUGCUUUUAUUUUACUUGUCGCAACUUUUUCUACGUGAAUUAAUUAAAAGUCAUAGAUUAAUACAAGUGAUACCUAUGGACAUGUCUGGAUACUAUGAAAACCGUGCCGGACCAUCUAAUUUAGGAAAUGUAAUUAGUCAAAUUCUGUUAUGCAAAACAAUAACACCGGAUUUUAACGAAGAGGAAUUAUGCAGUAUUACCAAAGAUUCGCAAGAAAUCGCUCGCCUGCUGCAGGAUAUGCAGGAAUAUAUGCCGCAACAAGAGACGUAUUUAGAACGUCCAAUGGCUCUCAACACGGAAGUAAAUGGACCUUGGCCCGCGAAACGUCGUCGUGGUUCCAUCUACAAAAACAUGGGACUCCUUUGUUGCGUUUCGCGUCCCAAUUAUCUCUGAGAAUUCGAACGACUUUAUGUCACGCGUA